GCGGCAGGUUGGUCCUGGAGCAGAUGAGCGCAGAAUAUUUAGGAGAAAGCGCGAGGACGGGGGGAGCGCGGGGCAGGAGGAGUACCUCGGCCAAGAAAAUCAUGCAUGCGUUAGGGAAGCUCUGAGAGAAUGGCUGUGGAAGCUCUCCACUGCGGCUUGAAUCCACGGGGUAUUGAUCACCCUGCCUGUGCUGAAGGUAUUAAACUGCAAAUUGAAGGUGAAGGUGUUGAAUCUCAAUCCAUUAAAAGCAAAAAUUUCCAGAAGGUGCUUGACCAAAAAGGAACCCCCAAACGACUGCAGACGGAAGCUGAGACGGCUAAGUCAGCUACGGUGAAGCUGUCAAAACCAGUGGCUCUGUGGACUCAGCAGGAUGUCUGCAAGUGGUUGAAGAAACAUUGUCCCAAUCAGUAUCAGAUCUACAGUGAGUCAUUCAAACAGCAUGACAUAACUGGGCGAGCCCUGCUGAGACUUACUGACAAAAAGCUUGAACGAAUGGGGAUUGCCCAGGAGAACCUCCGGCAGCACAUCUUACAACAGGUGCUCCAGCUGAAGGUGCGAGAAGAAGUCAGAAACCUACAGUUACUCACACAAGGUAUCCCUGGUGGGUUGUUCGAUAAUCCAAGGGAAGACAGAGUGGCCUCCACAUCCAGUUUCUCCAGGUUUAUUGUCUGUGUUUGCAAUACCACACCUUGAUGUGUCGCUUCUUCUAAUACCCUCAACCGAGGGUUCUCCAUAAACGUGGUUAGCCUUUCAAGCUGCUGUCCUGCCAGUUGAUAUGAGCAUGGCCUGUUCCUCACAGAAAGACUAACUCGUGGUACUGCCGGAAGAUAUCCUUGGAGCCUUGACAGAUUAACCAGAUUAACUGAAAAAACACCCACUCAGUCAAGAUUAUGGGCUUUGGAAAAUCUUAGUUUGCUGGGGAUUUUAAAAUGAGGUGCAUAAUAUACAGUGCCAACUCGUUCCAAGUGGUCAUUGGUAGACCGUUAGCUGGAAAAUUGCUUCCAGUUUUCAUCACUGUGCAUAACUCAAGCUCCCUUUGGGGAGCUGUCUGUGCCCUUCACUAAGAGUCCUGUUUUAGCAUGGCCACUACUGGAUUAUUUCACUAUGUGUGCAGAUGGCAUGAUGUGUUAGAAAAAAAUCACAGCAGUUCUGCAAUCUCAGUGGAAGUGUUCACCAUGUUAUGCCCUGGUAGGAAUAUAAACAUGUCUCGGUUAUGUUAGUUAUGAUGUCUAAAGAUAUUCUGUCCAACUCUUAAGCACUUUAUAUGAGAACACUACACCGCAACGAAUCAGCACGUUCAGUACAUGUGAGGAAACAAAUAUUUUCUUUUUUCUUGUCCUAUUUCUGGCUCAGACUGUCGAAGACAAACAUAUCCCCAGUUGUUUUUGGUAGAUUGGUGUAAAUAUGGCCACAGUACUGUUAGACUUAACCUCUUGACACUUUACUGAACAACUGGACUACUUGUAGCACCAAAGGGAAGUAGAGUGGGGUUGGUGAUUGUAGUAUCUUAGCUCUUGGUUCCACGUACCUAGGCACAACUUACCACAUGCACAUACCAAUACUCGAACACACAGGAGGCUUCUAUUUAGCCAAUGUCCAUAUUCUCUCAUUCUAUAUGAGUUAUUUCAAAGAAAAAAAAGGAAUGGCCUUCUUUUAAUCUAAGACCGUGGUGGGUUGAUGGUAAGGGCAGCAGAAUGCAGUUUUCCUGUGUAGUCCAACUAUAAGACUUUGGAAAAUUCUCUAGGUCAAGUUUAAGUCACAACUCUGAAGAGAAAAAACAGCAAGUGACCCCUGCGUGCCUAGAGACAGAAAGUGUUCAAUUCCAUACUAGGCUCCCUCCUCAGUAGAGAACCUACUAGUCCUUUUAAUCCUUUCUGGGAUUAUACCCACAACUAAUUAUUUUUUAUACUAAGUUUUACAACAAAACACAGUCUUGGGAAACCGGUCAGUCCAGUUAUUACUUAUAUUGAGGCAUUAGAGAAAUGUCCAUAUUGACUGACACUACGUAAUGGUUUAGCAUUUUUUUUCCUGAAAAUACGAAGUUGGCUGAAUCAAAAACUCAGCCAAGUGUGUUCUGUGUGCCCAUGAUCUCAGCCUGGGCCGGACCGGCGUUGGAGGCUUUUCUUUAAAUGUAUGUAACAACUCUGGGACCCGGCCAGCACAAACAAGCUUGACAUUUCAGGGGGUCUCCAGACACACACUCAUUGUCUACUCUCCUCACAUCUUGCCUCCCCUGGGGGUCUCAGGAAAUGCACAGCCCAUUGAAAAACGCCCCCGCCUGAGAUUUGGAAACCUGACAGGGAAGGAGAGAGAGACCCAAAUGUGAUUCAGUGAGUCACCCAGCGGGCUGACUCACCACAAGCCUGUCGGGCCGUAGUGUCACAGGACAGGGCUUCCAAGAAGGAACUCAGAGGAGUUUCGGUCACCACCAGGAUCUGGCCCUUCAGCGGGUCAGCACCAGGCCCAUCAGGCCCUCAACAGACCGUAACCCUUUACUAAUCCAGAAGUAGGAGGCCAAACCCUAGCUGCCAAUGUCCCUAGACGUAAUAGCCCAAUCUCCACUGCCCACCUCCUGAGUUUCAAUUCUACCCACAGGGCUUCCUCUUCUUUCAUUCCUUCCCUUACUCUGCAAGCAUUCUUUGAGCACCUACUAUGAGCCAAAUAUUGUGCUGUGGUGACAACAGCAUACAAGGCAGACUCUCCUUGCCCUUAUGAAACAGUAUUUCCUCCUCCCAAACACUAUCCCCACCCUACCUUUUCCACAAUGAAAACUGAAUUCAGACACCAUUCAUCCCCGGCCAGAGAAACCUGGGAAAAUGCACGUGGCAGCAUGCAGUUCCCUUGCCUGAGAAAGUGGGCAGCAGAGGAAGAGGUGGUAGAUGGCAUCAGGCUACAUAUUUGUGCCCUUCGUUUACAGCCAACCCUUCCAGGGCCCAGAUUUAGCUGGUAAGAGCUUCCCAAAGCAGCUUUCAGUUGCUUCCCUUGAUAUCCACCCUGGUCACCUAUAUUCCCAUUCUUUGUAUAGACGCAACCGUUGAUCGUUAUGCUGGAUUCUCUGAAGCUCCAAUUCUCUAGUCCUGGGGACACAAAAUUGGGCCUGAUGAAUCCAAAAGAAUUACUGCCACGUGCUGAGAUACUGGAGCUGGGAAUUAAUUAGUUUAGCCAAGGACAUUCUGAGACUACUACUAACACCUUUGGAAAACUGGACAUGCUUUAUGGUGCGGAUGUUCAUCAAAUGAUGGUGGUUCAUCCUUACUCACUUUGGCUUUUGCAAAAUACAUCCUGAACAGUUAAAUAAGUAGUUUCCUAGCCUUUUUUAUUUUUUUUUUUUUGAGUCAAAAGAGUGCUGGAAAAUUAAUAGAAGUGAUGGGUGAAGAUGGAGAUGGGAGAAGGCAAAAACAAAAACAAUGAAAGAGCCCAGUUGAAGAUGGCUUCUCUAAAAAUGCCUUAAUUCCUGGCACGUACCACGUAUUUGCAUAUGAACUACUACUGUUUUCCAAACUGUCGACUUCUGUUUGAAAUCAUUUUGGGGGAUAGUUUUGGAAACAUGGUGGCAUAAAAUCUGAGCAGUCAGGAGCUAAACCAGCAAAAUGGAGAAAUUACUUCAUUCACAGCCUCGAGAUUCUUCAUUAUGUGUUGAUCUGCAAUUACCCAUGGUUACUUCCCGCUGUGCUGUACCUUCUUCCCAAGAUGUUUGUAGGAAAUUUUACCUCCCCGAAGUUCAGAAAUGGCUCUGGUGAGUUUUGUUUAGUAGGAGACGGAAAACGGGGAGGUAAGGGAUAAAUAUUUUGAUGUCUAAGGGCUGUAGACUGUUGAUGCUUAAUUUUUCCUUUUACUUAAACCUGUGCUACACCUUUUAUUAAAGGCUGACACCCAUACAUGUGCAGGAAGGGCACUCUUGGGAAUGAACAGAAAUGGAUAAUUAUCUAACUCUCUGGGAUGCCAAGGAGAUUAGCUUGUUCCAGCUCCAGAACUGAAUUUAAAUAUGCAGAGCGGUGGUUCUGCUAGGGUGAAAAGCAAAUCACUUCAGUAGUUUAAGACAUACCUAGGGGGAUAGAGACCCCAUCAGCUUUCUCUGUGGGUAAUAGCAUACCUUUAAAUCCCUACUCAGGCUCUGUGAGGUGUGUAACCGCACAUUUGACUUCUACCUCCAGACCAUGGGUAAAUAGCCCAGGGUUCUCCCCAGGGUCCCUUCUCAGCUGCCCAGACAGAGGCUAAUAGUCCUUAGUUCUGAGGGAAUUCUGCCAUUUUUAACAUUCAAGGGGAAAAGGAAUAUCAACCUUCCGUGUGAAUAUAAACUAAGGAUAAAAACCUCUAAUGGAUUUACCCCUUGCUCCUUACAAAUGCUUUCUUUGUCUGCAAAUGUCACAUAAUUGAUUUUGGAUACGAACAAUAAAAGUCUCAUGGAAGAAAAGUUUUCAAGACCCCCUUAGCACUCUUAGUUUUACCAAAACCUCCUCUUUCCACUGCAUUAGCAGCUUCAUUCUUUGUGAUGUUUUCCUCUACAUUCCUUAGAGUAAUUUUGUUGCUUGACAACUAGACCUAAAGCUGUCGUAAUCUCUUUUAAAAAAUCUAAUCUUUGAAAAGGACAUACAUUUCUUUAUGCCUUAAAGGCUGUUUUUAUUCCCCUCUCCUACAGCCCCCACCACCCUACUUUUUUGCUUUGUUUUGUGUGUUUUUUUUUUAUUCUCUUUCUUCUUUUAACAUAAUUCAGUGGGUAGAUUUCAAGUAUUCUAUAAAGAACUCAAACAGAAAAACAGAGUCAUCACCUUCUUUCCCCAGUACUGACUAAUGAUUCCUUCUUAAGCUUGAACUUGGUGAAAACUUGCUGCCCAGAUAGCAGUGGGACAUGGAUUCUCAUCUCCAGAGAAUGACUGGUCAGCACUGCUAAUCCAAAAGGAGCCCAUGAGAUCAUGAAGGAGGACAGACCAGCAGAGGCCUCUGCUCAGGGCACAGCUGGGAACUCUUAUUUCAAAGACUACCAGGUCCUGCCCCUUAGUCUCCUUAGAUCUGCAUCUAAUCCUGUAGCCAGAGAACUGUCUUGUGAAUUCUGCUUUAUCGGUGUGCAUGUUUUCUGGCACUACUGCACAACUUCAGGGUCAAAGGGGGCCGCAUUUCCAUUAUUUUGCUCUGGUGACUUACUCUAGUGGGGAGACGGGGAGCGUUCUUUUGAAAGCUAACCACUUGUAGGAAGCUUGAGGAAAAGUUGUCCAGGUGUACAGGGAGGUUCUGCUACACCUUAAUAAAAAGAGCAAAAUGGAUCCUUCCCUGGAGAUUCUCAUCGGGGAAGGUGGCUAGAGGGAUGGUAUCAGUACUCUUUUUCUUCUGGCCAUCAUCUUGGCCCUGCAGGGAAAAUUCUAGGCCAAGGGGCGAGCACUGUUUCUAAGAUCUAAAAGUUUUAGGGUGAAAUUCAUCUGCGACAAAUAUAAAGGGGAAGUGCCAGCGAGUACAGGGGCGGUUUUAGGCCUGCCCAACAGCACAAAGACUGAGAAAUGACUUCCACAGAACAGCAGAAAAUGGGUGUAAGAAGCUUUGUAAAUCUGGAGUUUCAUUCACCACAUAGGGCUAUUUUAAAACCUUCAAGAGCCCCAAGCAUUCUUCCUUCAGAGCCUCCCUUCGCCAAUUAAUAAAAUUGCCAAGUAACCGUAUGAUUUGCAUUGAAUUGCAGUUGACUGGUUGACAUAAUAUUAAAUAUUGCAGAUAUUUAGACAUUAUUUCUGAUUAUACAAUAUUCUUUUCAUAUUUUGGAGCUAAUGAUUUAGGGGUUUCAUUUGUUUAAUUGCUUUUUUUAUUGUUGUUGUUUUCCAAACCUCAAGCAUUUACAGAAGUCUUAGAAAGGCUCUUAGGCCCAGGCCUUUUUGCCUAGAAAGAGCCCUACUGACAUGAACGACAAUGAGACUGUUAAAUUAAUCCAAUGUUGGAGAUACUAUACCUAAAACAUUUAAGACACUGAAGACUCUGCUGGUUGCCUUCUGCAUUGUUUAUAGCCUUUUAAAUUUCAAGCGUUUGGAUCAGAGGAAAUAAACAGGCUGCUUUCACGUGGCUUUGCCACGUUAGCACACCCAGGUACUAAAUGUGGAAUUCUAAGCUGGGUUGAGGUGCAAUAGCACACAGAUCUGUUCUGUCUGAUUGUAUUUAAUCACCACCACCCCCCCCCCAAUUCUAUAAAAAUGUAUUCAAAUGCUUUACUCUAAAAAAAAUUCUAAAACAAGAGAUUCUUAUUAGAUCAUUGCUUCUCUCGGGGUGGGAAAACUGAUUUUGUGACAUAACCUUGAAGGAAAAAUUGCUUGCCGUUCAAUGCCUUGAGCCUCUGGUAGUUACGCCUGUCCCAUUCCACAAGCUGAUGGUGGUCUCCCCCCCGUCUCCCCAGAGGGGUAGCCUGGCCUCCCUCUAAAAUAGCAAAAUACCAUGAAGACAACUUUUGAAGCUCUAAGUGCUUCCAAUAGACUCCCUGUUCAAGCAUAAUUCAAAAAUAUGAUUUGGAUUGAACACUGCCUUGGUCCUUGAUUAUAUGAUCCCUAAAUCAAUUCUAAUUCUUUAUAUCUAUUUCCAGUAUUUUUUUUACCGCAAUCAACUGCAUUUAUGUAUCUGUAUUGGGAGCUGCCUGCUAACUCGGUGGCAGCUUUUGACAAUUCCUAUGUCUAGUUCCCAUGCAAUGCAUUUGACAGAACACAAGAAUAUGUUUCCCCACAUAUAAGCUGCAGAAGUUUUGAAGUGCAUAGCCAGGCUCUUUUUCACAUCAAAAGGUCCCUGUUUAUAGGUGGAAAACUUAAAGAGAAUGGUGGGGGAUGGUGGUAUUCAUGUUUGGACACUAGAACCUUGGUCUUUUUCAUUGUAAUGCAACUCCCACCUCAAAUAGAGAAGGGGUAGCCUCUUGAGUGAGCGUUGGCCCGCACUGGGACUCGUUGGAGUUCCACUUGCUUAAACUCACAUAUAGGCAACUGGAAGGCUCUCUAGGGCUCUGAACAAUUUCUCCACCACUACCUUUCUUCCACCAAUAGAAAAAUGCUCUCUUUACAAGGCUGUGUUUGAGGAGACCAUGGUUGAGCUCGUGAAAGAAGUUCACAUCGCAGAGAGCUGAAUAAUGCGAGGUUCUUGACUUUGCCCUGGAUGUCUCAGUCAUGAUUGGCAUGGAAGCAACUAGUCUGCUGAAAAGCCGAGUCAGCACAAAUGUUUUGAAACUAAUUCCACCAAAACUCUUGUGUCACUAAAUCAUGCAACUGUAGUUCCAGUUAAUCCAACUAUGUAAUAUCAUUCGGCACUAAAAUAGCUGUACACAAAAUUUUAGAAAAGAUGAAUAUUGUAACAAAAUUACAUAGCAGGAAAAAGUGCCUGAGAAAAGAAAAUAUUGAUCUAUUGUACUUUUUAUACUUGAGUUAUUCCUAGGACUUUGUGGAAAUGCACCACCAUGAUAAAGGGGAAGAUGUUUUGAAUUCAAGAAUACUUGAUUUUGAUAGAAAUUGCCCAUCUCUCUGGGCCUCUGCUCAUCUGUUUGGGAUGCUACCUGUCCCACCUUAGCAGACAGGGUUGUUUGGAGGCUAAACUAGCUAAAGGGAGAAGCUGUCCUGUACUACCAGUAUCUGUAAUUAUCAUGGUGAGGUGGGCUUCAGGCUUUAGUCACUUAGCCCCUUCCCUUUAUGCCUUCUUCUCAUAGCUGUUAUUACUGAGACUCCAUUCUGGAAUUUAAAAAAGGAAAAGAAAGAAUGAUAAGAAAGUAACAAUUGGCAUUUUGAACGCACACACGUGCUUCUUCCAGUAUAUGUGGGCUGAUCUGCAGAGGCCACGGCCAAGGCACCCAUUAUCUCCAUUUCUCCACCUCCCAAAGGUUUAGAGCACUGUGACCUCACCCAGGGAGAGAGCCUCAGGCUUUGCAUAGUACAGGCGAAAGCUGCCAAUCCUGGGGUUGGAGAAGACCAAUGAAAGUGUGAAGUUGACAAAUUGAGUCGCAGGAAGCAGAGAGCCACAUCGAACUUCCUUGAUGAGCUACUGUAUGUUAGUAUUUGUUCUAGGAAAGAAAGAGGAAGAAAAAUCACAUGAUGUGAAUUGACUAGAAGACCAGUGCUCUCCAUAGCAUAUGAGGGAAAAAAAUCUGAUGGAAAAAACUGGUUCACUGUUUUACAAACACUAACAAACGUGGCUAUAAAAGCACAUUUUGUAACACAAAAGCCUAUGUAGAUGGUAGAUAUUUUUAUAGCUUCCUUAGGUGAGUAGUUAAACCAGCAGUUUGAAUUCUCUUAGUCCCCUAAGAGUGGUUAAUUAAAUAAGUAUUUUCCUUACACAUUGCCCACAACUGUGGCUUUUUCUCUAUGCACCCUAGAAAAACUCCCAGGACUCGACUUAGGAGGGCACAAGCAAGUUACAUGGCAGGAUGAGUGCCUUUUCUGUUGGAAAUUCAUUUAGUUCCCUGGGGUCCCAGGGCAUACAAUGUUUAGAAACUUUUUUCUCUAAACAUAAGAAUUAUUGUGCACCACAAUUUUGAACCACCGAUUUCCAUAUCUUAAGCAGCUAUCAACUUGCCAAUUCUCUUUGGGUUUCCUUUAUAUUUUCUUAUAAUGUUUCCUUCUGUUUUGGGUUGUCCUCAAAAAGAGUUGGGGGCAUGAUUCUUUUUAAAUUGAUAGAAAUGAAACUGUACAGGUUUUUGCCCCCUUGUAUCUGUGAGCAUGAUGUGUAUCAGGCUGGAAAAUCUGCUUUAUCAUUUUGUAUAUUUGACUAUUUUGUAUUCAGCAUUACUUGAUUCCUUAUGUGCAUGGCGAUGUAUUAAAAUGUGGGAUUUCUAUUACCGU